CGGGGUGGGGGGCGGGGUGGGCGCCGGCGCCGCGAUGCUGGGCGUCGUGGAGCUGCUGCUGCUGGGGGCGGCGUGGCUGGCGGGCCCGGCCCGCGGGCAGAAUGAGACGGAGCCCAUCGUGCUGGAAGGCAAGUGCCUGGUGGUGUGCGACUCCAACCCCACGUCCGAUCCCACGGGCACAGCUCUCGGCAUCUCUGUGCGCUCCGGCAGCGCCAAGGUGGCUUUCUCUGCCAUCAGAAGCACCAACCACGAGCCGUCCGAGAUGAGUAAUCGCACUAUGAUCAUCUACUUUGACCAGGUACUAGUGAACAUCGGGAACAACUUUGAUUCAGAACGCAGUACUUUCAUCGCUCCGCGCAAAGGGAUCUACAGUUUUAACUUCCACGUGGUAAAAGUCUACAACAGACAGACCAUUCAGGUAAGCCUCAUGUUAAACGGGUGGCCGGUGAUUUCAGCCUUUGCUGGUGACCAGGACGUGACCCGGGAGGCCGCCAGCAAUGGAGUUCUCAUCCAGAUGGAGAAAGGCGACCGAGCAUACCUCAAGCUGGAGCGGGGGAACUUGAUGGGGGGCUGGAAGUACUCGACCUUCUCUGGAUUCCUGGUCUUUCCCCUCUGACUGGCUCAUCGCCGUAAUGGAGGCAGGGAGAGGGCGAAGGCAGGAGGAAGGCAGGAGGGGGAAUGAGAAGACGGCAAGACUGGAAACUUCCUACAUGGUCCCCAGCUGUAUCCGGGUAAAAGGUGUGCACCGGCGGCCGGUGGGACAACUUUGUCCGUUUCCUCAUUAGGAGAAGCAAAUUCUGCUUAGCUCUGCGCACUCCCAUUUCCAAAAAUAAACUCGCCUCCCCCAUUCCGGUUGAAGUAAUCAAGAAAGAGAGACUGCCUUGUCAUUGUUUCUUACCCCCAUGUUCAUGUUCCCUAAAAUUUAUACAAAAGAAACUUUGUAUUUCACUGUAUAACGUGAAAUAUCUUCCUCCUCAGCCCCCUCGGAAUCUUUCCACCUGCUGAAAUCUAAUAUACUCCUCCCCCUUUUUAGUUUGGAGAGGGGAAUAAGGUUUUUGUUUUGUUUUUUGAAUGGGGGAGGUAGUUUUAAUUUGGCAAGUAUUGCUCUUAAAACACCGCUCAAGAGUUAAUUAGCUGAAGAUACUUUGUGUCCUCCGCUGCUUGUUAGCAGAGACAGGACUUACCUUAGUGGUGACUGGUUCAAAAAUAUAUAUAAAUAUAUAUCAUUUGUAUUCAAAGAACUCUUCCCAGUGGAAACUGGCUGUAUUUCCGUAUUUCUAUGUCCUAUUCGGAGUGAUCGUGAAAUCUAAGGCUGCUUGAUGUUCUGAUGCUUGUCAAUGCCCUCGUGUUCUGUGGCUCCACUAAAUGCCAGGAGGUUCUUCCGGACGCUUCCUCGUCCUCUGUAACAUACGUGUGAAUAGCCAAGAUUUAAUUUUGCUUUAACCCAAUAAAGUUGAAGUGGGACUUUUA